AAAUAUGAAAACAUACCACCAUUUGUUGUCAAAGACGCCACUCGUGUGAAACUUGGUUGCCCUUAGGAUUUGGCAGUAUUAUUGGCCAGUCUUUUCUAUAAUUAUCUAAAUGGGCUUUGUCCAUAACUGAUAAAAUUAAAAAUAUCUUCCUAGUAUACAAGGGAUAUAAUGGAAAUGGCGAGUGGUGGUUUGACCCACACAAACGUGAUUGCUUCGGGUGCAUACGGGAUCACAACGAGUCCUGCAAGAAAUAGAAACUCCAGUACCAUCAAAACAAAAGCAAACGAUUUAUUAGAUCAAAUUAAGCAAUUGGAGAUUGAAGGACAAAAACUGCGAGCUCAAAGUUUGGCAAAUUUAGGAAAUUCCAUUGGUGAAGAUUAUGGCCAUACAGACUCUCUAUCAGCAAAACCCAACAUGACACCCCCUUCUCCAUCAACACUGUCAGCUCUUAUUGAUAUUACAGCAGAACAGAAAACUAUAGCAGAUCUCAGGAAUCAACUUGACUCUCAGAGGAAAGAAACCGAUCGCUUACAGCAGACUUUGUAUAGUGGAGAGUUCUCUAACUUCAAGUCAGUCCCAGUAUCUCAUCACUCAGGGUUACCAAGUAGUCCAUCUAAAACUGGAUUUUCUACACUGCCAUCUACAGAGCUCUUCUCUGCUAGACGACCUGUUUAUGAUUACAAUCCACCAUCCCAUCUAGAGAAAGCUUUAAAAGAUUCACAGGAGCAGGUUACUGAUCUCAGGAAAAGACUACAAGAGAACAGUGAAACAUUUGAACAGCACAAGAGACAGUUUAGAAGUACAAUAGAAGAUCUGAAAGCCAAGUUACAGCAGACAGUAUCUAACAGAGACUCUGUCUUAGAACUCAGGCAAAGAGAGUCAACUAAUCAGGAAUCAAUGAUCCAUAAACUACAGAGCUCUGUUCAUCAACUACAGGAAAAGUGUAAAGCUCAAGAAGAGACGAGUUCAAGUUUUUGUGUGUACACGUCCUCAUCCCAGGAGGACUGGUGUCAGGCUUUACUUGAUACAAAUAGAAAGAAUGAAGACAACAGUCGAGACAAAUACUUGUCAGAAACAGCAAUCAACCAGAUCAGGAUUCUCUUGGGUGACGUGGAGAGAAAACGUGGUAGAAACUACUUUGAUUCUGAUCCUGUAUCUAAACAAGUUCCUGGAAUGUUGGUCCAUACGUUAGAAAGGUGUUUACAAGAGUUGACUAGUGAAGCAGAAGACAGAAAACAGAGAGUUGAUGAUUUGGAAAGUGAAGUGAAAUCCUUGAAACAGACAGUUAGUUCAGACAAAGAAUCUCUAAUCAAAGAACAACAAGAAAAAGAACAGGAAGCAUUAGGAAUGUAUCGCAAGAUAACAAGCAUGACAACAGAGCAUGAAAAGGAACUGAAAACUGCAUUGGAAAGGGCAAGUAACUCCAGAAAACAAACUACACAGUUACAGUCUCAGCUAGCCAUGUUAGAGGGACAGUAUGAGCAGCAGAUCAAACUUAAAGAUGAGACAAUCACAGAAUUAGAGACUAAGGUGAAACUGCACAAGGAAGAAUAUAAUGAGAAUAGGAUCAAAUGGACUGAAAAGAAAGAUUCAUUUGAUGAGACAUUGAAUAGUGUACAGAGAGAUUUACUGAAGACGAGAUCUGAGAGAGAUGAAGCAGUAAGGAAACUAGCAACUUUAGAAUCUAAAUGUGAAGAGUUACAGAAAAAUGUCACAAGAGCAAACACAGACUAUGAAUCAGAGAAGAAGAGAAAUUCUGAACUUCAACAGAAAGAGACAGAGCUUCGUGUGAGACAAACAGAUUUAGAAAACAAACUUGAAGACAAGCAGAAAGAUGUGGACCGUUUGGACAAAAUGUUAGAGCUUGUAAAACAAGAAUGUAAUUCACAAGUCAAUCAAAAGGAGCCAAUACAAGAUCCUCGUGUUUUCAAAACACUGAUUAAUUUUGCUGAGCGACAAGAGCGAGAAAGACACUUUGACCAGAUUAGUAACUUAACAUCACAGUUGAGUAGUAUUACGGAAAAAUGUAAUAGAAUGAGUUUGGAAUUGGAGUUAAAUCGCUCUGAAAACAACAACCUUAAAAAGGAGUAUCAUGAAACUAGUGAUAAAUAUGAGUCAUUAAAGAUUCAGUAUGAUUCAAUACAAGCUGAAAAAUGUCACGUAACUAACAUGCUUGAUGAUAAAAAAUCUGACAUUGAAAGAGUUAUACAGGAAAAAGACUAUUACAUGAACUUAUUGGAACAAAGGAAUGAAGAACUGGCACAAGUAAAGUCGCAGAAAGAGAGACUUAAUAUACAAAUAGAUGAAAAAGAACGUAACGUAGAAAUAUUGCAGAAACAAUCAAAUAACUUUACUAAUAUGAUAGAAAGUACAUCAAAAACAACUGAUGCUUUACGUGAUGAGAAGGAGAACUUAUUGGUCAUGGUGCAAGAGAGGACAAAAGCUUUGGAAGAAAUAAAACUAUCACGGGACACUAUGUCAAAGAAAAUGAAAAUACGGGAGAAAAGGAUUAAAGAAUUAGAAGAAGAUAAGCAACAUAAUAUGGAAGAAUUACAAAUACGAAGGGAAGAAACAAAUAUUGUUCAGCAUGAAAAAGACAAUUUGUAUCGGGAACUUAAAGAAAGUCGAUUUGAAGUUGCCACAGUAACUGAGGAAAAAGACAAAAUAAAAGAUAUUUAUGAAAAACAGAAAGCUGAUCGAGAAAGAGAAAUAAGUAGAAUGCAAGCAAGGAUUAAAGCUGCUGAACAAGAGGUCAAGCUAGCCCAGAAAACAAUGCGGACCAGAGACUCUGCAGACCACCAAGCGGUAAAGGUUGCAGAUAAAAUGCAGAAAGAAGUAACACUGAAAAGAAGUGAAAUUGAUUCAUUGAAAACAAAGGUUCGGUGGUUAGAAGACAAAUUAGACUCUCUAACAAGGGAUCGCCAUAGUUUAGAAAAUGACAAAGAUCGACUGAAAUCCACAUUGAAUAAGACACUUACACACAAUCAGCAAUUAUCAGGUGACCUGGAGACAUCACAGGAGAAGGUGAUGGAGAUGAAGCAGCAAGUCAGUAAUCUGGAGAUGUUACUGGAAAAGUCAAAACGAAAUGCAGGGGACAAAGUAAACAAAAAAUGUCCCACAAAACCCAAGAAGGCUGCUACAAGAAAUGCUACAACACAGGCUGAGUUAGAACAGUAUGAACAAGAGUUGGCUAGACUUAGAUUAAAACAUCAACUUGAUCUACAGGAGGUAAUACAGAAAAACAAAGACAAGUAUCCCAGUAUUGUGUACCCAGUUUCUCCACAUUAUCCUCAGGAUGAGUUCAGUCAAUCACAAAGUAGUUCUAGAACUCAGGAACAAAUGACAAGAAGUUCUGAUCCUCUGUCAACUGGAAGAUCAUCAGAUUACGAUCGUCAGGAAAAACCUACUAGAGAUACAGAUGAUUACAGGGCAUUUGGGAAUGAACUGAAGUCUUUGCUGACUGAAAUGAGAGAACUAGUAGCUGAAAAGAAGCAGAGUGCAAAUUAUGCACAGAAGGCAUCAUUACAUAGAUGUUCUAAACCUCCUGUACAAACUAAUGUCAACUAUAAUCAUAAACAUGACAGCUUGUCUUCUGACACUGAAUACCAUUCAGAUGCUGAAGUAGACCGAACUUGUAAUAGAUCAAGGUCAAGGACACAUGAUUAUUCAGCAUUUACAUACAAAGAUAACAGAUCAAAGUCCACCUCACCGAGGAAUCGACACAGACGUAGUAACAGUGCAGAGUUGUCUCUCUUGUUGAAAGGCCAAAACAUCUACAAUCCACAAGAUUCUCAUAGAAUUCCUAACUUAUCUAAUAGAUCUGUCAAAAUCAACAGUUAUACCUCAGAUAGUGCGACUGAUUCACGGAAUAAUUCAGACAUGUCUGAUCCACAAUUCCAAGCAGUGCCAUUGUCACAUCCAUCCAGAGAUAAGCCAACAAGACUGUUACCAGACACACAAGAAUUGUGCAAACGUUUGGAGGAAAAGAUUGAAUCUCUUACAAAAAUGGGAGGCACCCUACAGAGAGAAAAUAAAGACACUGCAGAAUUGAUGAAGAAACAAGGAAGGAAGUUACAGAAAGUAAAGGAUGGACAGACAAGAGGAAGAAAGUCAAAACGAUGAUAGAUUUUUAUAUUAGGUCAUGUUCUAUUAUUUUUUUAAUUUGAGUCAUUAGAAUUGGAUUUUGUCUCUGUUUCACUUCAACACAAGUGGAUUUUACUUCCAGAGUAAUAAAUAAUAUUUGAUAUUAAAUUAUUAAUAUAAAGCAAAGCUGAAUCGGUAAACAUUCUUAUUUUAACACAUAUUAAUAUUCUUUAUUUUUAUUCUGGACCUACAUUACUCAUAAAAGUGAGGAUAAUAAUGUUAAGCUAUUUACUUAAGUGUGUAUUGUAACUGAAGCACCUACUAGGAUAAAAAUAAUGCAUUAGAUUUCUGACCAUGAACACACAAAGAACAUGAAGCUGAUAAGAAGUCCCCUAAAAAGUAAUAGGUUUUUUUUUUGUUUGUGCUGAAUUUUCUCAGACAAUACAGGGAUAAAUAAAAUAAUGCUAAUGUGGUUUUUGUUGUUGAACAAGAUAGUGAGCUGUACUUAGUUUUAUUGUUGUAAGUUAAUUACAUAGUGCUAUUUAUGUCUUUUUGUAAUAACUGUUGCAUUAAGGGAAACAUAGCUGUAUCUCUUUAAGUAUAAUUAUCAGGAACAUUUAUUUUAAGUUAUCUGAUUAAGUCUACUUCAGAAAAAAUUACUUGUGAAAGACCAUUGAUAUUUGUUAUAUUGUUAUGUUUGGAACCAUGCAUCCUAUAAAAAGUACUAAGUAAUUUCAGUAGUUAUUCACUUUUUAUUAAUUUGUUUUUAUAUUUUUUCACAUUUCUGAGAGUUAUUGUGGACUUGAAUUUUGGAAAUGACCCCUUUAUCUUCAAUUUUCUCUCUUCAGUGGCAUCUUUUAACAUGUUAGAAAUUUUACAUACUGUCUUUAGAUCAGACUAAAGAUGAAGACAUCUGUUGUUCAUAAUCUCUCUCUUUUUUGUGCUUUUUACACAUUUAAAAAAAUGAGGUAAAUUAAAAAAAAACAAAAAACUAUUAAAUAUUCAUUUAAUAUAUAAAAAAAAUACCUAUCACAUCAGAGAAAAUUUGAUUGUUCUUAUAUUUAUCUCUUAUUGUAACACCUGUUUUCAAUAGAUUGUAUAUGACAUCAGUAUUUCAGUAACUUAUCAGCAUUAUUCAUUACACAUGUAUACCUAACAUAAUAGUUAAUUCCAUGCAUACUUAAAAUUUUGUUUAUUAAGAUCAUCAAAAUACAAUAAUAAAGUGCAUUGUGUGGACAAAGAGAGAAUACACCUUAAUUGAUAUGUGUUCGCCAUUACUGGACAUAUCACAAAAUUUCCCUUUAAAUUUUUACUUCACAAUAGAAAAUGUCUUGCGCCACCAAAAAAGUAAUUCUUGUACGAUGUCAAUAGUUCAAGUGCUGUAAAUUCUCAGGGUCAAGUGUUGCUUAUUCUUAAAAAAUGAUAAUGUCUAUGAGUUCUUAUGCAUACAAAAUAUAUCUUAUCAUAUCCACCAUAUUAGACAUGGAAUUAGAUAUUUAUUAGUAUGCUAUUAUAACUAAUAAAGGUUAUUUUUACAUAGAUUUUUUAUUUUAAAACUUAGCCUAUUGCCAGUACAAUGUAUUACUUUAAAAAGAAUUAGGAGUUUUUUUAUGUAUGAGAAAUACCAACAGAAAAAAACUUUAUGAAAUCCUUGGAACUGUAUAGCUGUGAUAGUCAUUUAUUUAAAAUACUAAUAUUCAUCUGUCAACAGUAUCCCCAUACAUCAAUGUAAUCCCUUUUUCAGAUAAGCACCACAUAUUGAAUUUUCUCCCCUAAAAAUGAGUUUGGUAAUAUAAUGAAUUUUAAAUUGAAUAGUGUAUCUAUGCCAUCACUCACCCUAACUACUCAAUUUCAUCCCCAUGCAUCAACAUAUGAACUAUGUGUUAAACUCGUAAAAUUCUAACAAUAAGUUCUAUGAUAUACCCUGUGGUAGCAUUAUAGAGAAACGUCGUGCUUUCUUGUGAAAUAUAUUAAAAUUGUCAAUCUUCAAUGAUUAAAACAAUAGUGUGGCAGCUUUGAUACUGAUAUGAAUUUCAUGCUACCAAUAACCUUAGACUAAAAUCAGGAGUGGAGGAAUAGCUAGUUUCAAAUCAAGAACUUUUCUUCCUUUGUUAACUGUUUUCUUUCACUUUAAAUGAACUGUUUUAAACACAUAUCAUUGUAAUCAGGUUUGCAAAUUGUUUAUUUUUCUUAUAAACAAUAUGUGCGUUUUUUGUUCUUGGCUCUUAAUUGUAAUUCAGUUUUCCCUGUGAUUUAAGUGGUAUGAAAAAAGAUACAAUAAAAUGUUAUGCAGCUGACCAGAUAGGUUUCAAUAUGACAUCGUUUGAGUUUAAGUUAUUCCCUUGGCCUCCAUUUUUGACAAACCAAAUUAAAAUAUGCUAUACAAACAAGUCUCAUAUAAGAUCCUUACUAGAUUGAAGUGACGAACCAAGUAAGACUAAAAGAAAAAAAACUGCUUUUUCUAGUCUAGUGGUCAGCAUAACAAGUUGAAUUUGGUCAAUUUAUGAAGGAAAUUGUGCACUUAGAGCUCCAAGAUGGCAGUAACUCUUACUAAAAUUAUGUCAACUGCAACUUACUUAUAAUUAUCACAGUUUGUGUACUUAUCAUCUUCAAGCUUAAAAAGUUCUCAAGAUGAUAAACACCAAUAUGUUUUUAUUUCCUAGUAUGUACAUGUAUUUAAUGAUUUAUUUUCCACAAAUAAAUUAACAUCACAUAAUUUGUUAUCAUUCCAUAUUUUACAAGAUGCCAUAUUUAUUUUAUAUUUAAACAUUGUCUGUGAUAUUGUAUGUGUGAUAUAUUUGAACAUAUAAAUGUAGAUUUCUAGUUAGUUGUCCAAUGUAUUUGUGAUAUAUAAGAUUGGUUAAGUGAUAUUUGUAUUAUGUCUUGUCUGUGCAUAUCACUUUAUCAAGUCAAAAGUGUGUUAGCUGUAUAUUUACCAACUUUUAUUGUAAAUAAGUAUAUUUUUAUUCUCUCGAAUCUGAGCUCUGUAUUGCCAUGUUUAAUAUAGUUGCAGAUAUUAACUAUACAAAUACUGAUAUCUUAAAAGUUUUAAAGCAUGGACGCCUCAUCAGUUUAUCAAUUUUCUAGCUAAUGGGCAAUUCAAAUACUGCAAAUUCAGAAAUUAAUGCAUGCAUUUAUUAUUGUGAAUCCUUGACCAUCGGCAAAAAUACAAAAUCUAGUUAAUGCUAUUGCAAAAAGUUUAUGCAGGAAAAACACUGCUGAGUUUAUGAAUACUAGUUUUUCUCAUUAAUAAAAACAUCACAAUAAUUUCUGAAUUUUACAUUGGAUAUUUUCAAAUACUUCUUCAUUAUACUGACAACUGUUAAUGAAAUAAAAUUUGGUCAUGCCAAAUUAAUUAAACAGUUAUGUUACCAGAAUCAAGCUGCUUUAACUUUUGAAUUUUGAUAUCAACUGUUAACAACCUUACGGCAGCUUUUAUAACAAUCUGAAUAAAUUUGACAACUUGUAAGAAAAAGAGAGAUAAUGGAUUUAAGAAAAAAAUUACAAACAAACUUUACUCUGUAUUUAUAUGUGUUUGUGUAAAAAUAGUUUUCAAUCUGUACGGAACAGAGUUUAAUAAAAGCAUGUAGUAUAUAUAA